AUGCUCUCGUGGGUCUCCUUCGUCACACUAGUCAUACCUAUUACAUCUUAUAUUCUUUACCAAGCUGUCAAUAAAGCGCCCUUCUUGAGCCUUUCUUGUGCUAUUACUGGUUUCGUCAAUUGUCCACCUUCGAAUAUUCCUAUUCAUGGCUUUAUUGCUGACGAAUAUGAACCUGUCAAGGAUAUAUUCAUCAAUAACUUUCGAAAAGGAUUAGAUGUAGGUGCAGGCUUAUCUGUCUAUGUAGACGGCCAGCAAGUUAUUGAUCUUUAUGGUGGCUGGCGAGAUCGAGAAAAGGGAAUCGAAUAUACCAAUGAGACCAUACAAAUGGUUUUCUCAAGCACAAAAGCCUUGAGUGCCAUCAUUAUUGCACAAAUGGUCGAUCAAGGUAUUUUAGAUUACGACGAAAAGAUCUCAACCUACUGGCCUGAAUUUGCUCAAGGCAAUAAAGAGAAUGUUACUUUAAUGGAUUUGAUGCGACAUACAGCUGGCGUUGGCGGUUUCGAUCUUCCUUUAAAUUACUCAGUCGCCACCGACCCAGAACGCUUUGCCCAAUUCUUGGCUGCUCAACCUCACAAUUUCAACGGCACCCCUAUUCACUCUUACCAUGCCAUCUCACAAGGCUGGUAUCAAAACGAAAUCCUCAAGCGUGUUGAUCCAACAGCUUCAACACCCAAGCAGGGUCGAACCAUUGAUGAUUAUGCACAUGCAUUCAAUGACAUUUAUCACAUCGAAUGGUACCUUAAGCCCGAUGCCACCGAGGGCCCUGAGGUAAUUCAGCGCAUUGCUCCCUAUUAUGAGAUGUCCUACGUUCAAAAAAUGUGGCCUACACUGCGAACCUAUCUUGAUCCGCGCAUCAAGGAUAAAAGCUUCGUGAAGUCAUUGUUUGAUAAAGACAGUAUGUACACAAAGACGCUUAUUCACCCGAAGGUGGAUCAAUAUGAAGGUGUCAUCAAUAAUAAAAAGCCAAAGUACCGUGUUAUUGAAGGGCCUUCUUACUCAGGCCAUUCCAAUGCACGUUCCAUGGCAAAGUUGGGAGCCAUGAUGGCCAAUAAGGGUAAGGCGAUCGUAAACGGCGAGCCUGAUUUAUUCAAGAACCCAUCGACCUUCGAAGAGGCUACAAAGCUUUUAACCGAAUUCGAAAUUGAUUCUACCUUGCCCAAUAUCCCUAUGGUCAAUGAAAGGGGAGGAUUUCUGAUGUUUACUAGAGAUUCAUUUAACCUAUCAGAUCCAGAAGCUUAUUUUGAAGGUGGAUGUGGAGCAGGUGGAUCUCUUUUCUUCUACAAUCAAAAGUACAAGAUAGCUCUCGGAUAUACAACGAACGCCUACUAUCCUGGUGGGGAAGCAGAUGUAAGAACUAUUCCUAUCGUCGAAGCCAUUUUUGAGAUUGUAAAAAAAAACAAAAAGGACAUGAAUGCUUAA